UGGGAUGAUGAGACUGAAAAAGUAGAUGGUUCUAACCAGUAUGGUUAUAAUGGAGAAGACUUCCUCACAUUUGACCUGGAGACAGAGACAUGGAUCGCUGCAAACCCACAGGCUGAAAUCACUAAACAGGAAUGGGAUGGAAAUAAAGCUGGUAACAGGUCUUGGAAGAACUUCCUCACCAACACUUGUCCUGCGUGGCUGAACAAGUAUUUGAACUAUGGGAAGAGUCUUCUGCAGAGAACAGAGCUUCCCUCAGUGUCUCUCCUCCAGAAGACUCCCUCCUCUCCAGUCAGCUGCCACGCUACAGGUUUCUACCCUGACAGAGCCAUGAUGUUCUGGAGGAAAGAUGGAGAGGAGCUUCAUGAGGAGGUGGAGCACGGAGAGAUCCCCAACCACGAUGGAUCCUUCCAGAUGAGUGUUGACCUGAACCUUUCAUCAGUCACACCUGAAGUCUGGAGGAGGUACGACUGUGUGUUUCAUCUCUCUGGUGUGAAGGACGACAUCGUCACCAGACUGGACAAAGCAGUGAUCAGGACCAACUGGGGUUCUCCCUCAGGGUUCCCUGCUGGUCCUGUUGUUGGAGCUGUUGUAGGACUGCUGCUGCUUCUGGUGGUCUGCAUCACAGGACUCUUCAUCUGGAGAAGGAACAAUAAUGGGUUCCGGCUGGCUAACAGGGGACAGUGAAGAUCAGAAGAGGAAGCUGAACUCCACUAAGUAAGGAGUCAACAAAAUCACAACAUUUUCACAGACAGGAUUUUAUCCUAAAAAUCAUCUGGAGACUACUGAUGUUGCUGAAAGGGGCCAGUAAAAUGAGGUCGAGCAGUAUACACUAAUAUAAAAGGCCUGCAGCACAUUGUCACUGAUGCAGGACUGACAGAGCUGGUGGUUGCCUCUAAUGACUGGAAGAACACAUACAGUCAGUCCCUUAUAGUGGGAGUCUGACCCACCAGCAUGUUGAUGCUGGGUACCUCGGACAGCUCCAGGAUCAGCACACUGGACAGCGUCAUGAGAGUCUGCCAUGUUGAAACACCUCAGCUGUCUUUAACUGUGGCACAGUUUAGUUUAUAAGCACUGUUAUUGUGUGGGCAGUCGGGAAAGGAGGUAUAGUCUGCAUUUGUUUCCUGUGCUUAUUUGUCACAUUUACUUGGUUUGUUUACUUGUAAACAAGGAUCUCUUCUCCAUGAUGUCUUUCCAAGACAGCUGCAGUAUGUUGUUGAAAAUGUAAUAUGCAACAUGACUUGAUGAUGGAGGAAGGAUGACAGAGUGAGAGACAAAAUGACAAAAGUGUACACGCACAGUUUUCUGUUAAUUUAAGUGUAUUUGUGACAUAUAUGUGAAAAAGCCUAUUCUGGAAAAACUUUGUGAAAAGAUCAGGUUUUGAUUUCAUAAUACUGAUGAUGAUGUAAUAGCGGUGAUUUGGUCUGAUAUAUUCCUUUCUAGAUGAAGAGUUUGUCGCCACUUUAAGGCUGCAUAAAUGUAACUGCAUUUUAAACAGGAACAGUGUACUAAAUACUUAAUUGCUCAAUCGUAUAAAUGUAUAUUAAAAAAAUUACUCAAGCUGA